AUGGACCUAAACCCAAACCGGUUGUGGGUUGACGGGUGUUUUGAUUUCACACACCACGGUCAUUCUGGUGCGAUCUUGCAGGCGCGCCGGCUUAUCCCACGAGACCAAACCGGAGAGUUGAUAUGCGGAGUGCAUAACGACAAGGACAUUCUCAUCAACAAGGGUGGAAUGCCCGUAAUGAAUGAACGAGAACGGUAUGCGCACACGCGUAGCAACCGCUGGUGUACGCGUGUGGUUGAAAACGCGCCGUACGUGACGCAGGCCGCAGUGUUGGACGCGUGCGGGUGUAAAUACGUGGUUCACGGUGACGAUAUCAGCAACGACGCCGACGGGAACGACUGCUACGGUCCAAUGAAACAGUUGGGCCGGUUUCGUGUAGUGAAGCGGACUGAGGGUGUCAGUACGACCGAUAUCAUUCACCGGAUCCUGAGCGGGUCACGAACGUACACGGACGUGGAUGCGGAGAUCGAGGACGUCCACUUGGACCAGCUCGCGCGGUACGCGACCGCGACCAAUGGGCACGACCCUUGGUGCUACGUGUUCAUGCAUGACUUCGAUCACGUGACCGUCAAGGGCCGCUUUGCGUUCGAUCCACGCAAGACCGUUUACAUCGAGGGCGAUUUUGACCUGUUCCAUGUAGGCCACAUCGAGCAGUUGGCGCGGCUGCGCCAACGUCACAACGCGGACGAUACCCGCGUCGCCGACGGCGUCGCCGACGACGGCUCUGUCCACGUGAUCGUGGGUAUCACGUGCUCCGAAGACGAUUUGCCGUGCAUAAUGACUCUCGCCGAGCGCGCGCUCGGCGUGUUGAGCUGCCGAUACGUGGACGGCAUUGUAUUGGCACCCGUAGCUGGGCUCGCCACGAGCAUACGCUGCCUCGAGCAUUGGCGUCUUGACGACCCCCAAUUGACCCUGGACGGUCAGUUUUCCUACUUGAACCGCCGCGUCGUGCUCGACCGAGUUCUGUCGCAGCGCGACCACUACGUCGCGCGCAACGCCCGUAAGGGCGUUGCGAGCUGA